GCUAAAACCCCUAAAACCCCUAAAACCUCUGCAGCGAACUUGGACGUCGUCGACGAACUCACAGAGGCCCGUCCAUUGCCCGUCCACGACAUCCACCUCCGACAGGGUUCUCUGCAACAAACCAUCUGUGCGACGGCGACGCGAUUCUCGACGGUGGGGGGACAACAAGGGUAUCCUUUAACGAAUCUGAAAUUGCUUUGGUUUAUGAAUAACGCUUCGUUUGACUUCAAAUCUGAAAAUUAUGGUCUAUGAUUGAUUUUGGAUGGAGGUUCUGAAAGAAGUGAAGUUGAGCAUUCUGGCACAAGACAUUGAAAGAUGUUAAAAACUUGUUAGUCUAUCUCAAUAAUCGUUUGUAAGAAAUUUCUUCUACUGAAUUGUGUAAGUUGUUAUGUUUUCACAUUAUUGUCAUCAUAGUCCUAUUGGAAAAUAUGGGCUGUUACACUUGGGCACCAAGAAGAAGGUGCUUAUGUUUACAAUAUAUUUUCAAACUUCAAACUCUUUCACCAAGUGCUUGUUCCGUUGCAUCCACAACCUUGUGUAUGAUUCGUCGAAUUUCGUCUCCAAUCAGCGUCUGAGUGAGUUAUCUAAAGAUGGCCGAGUUGAUGAAGCGCGUAAGUUGUUUGAUCACAUGUCUUACCGGGACACGUACACAUGGAAUAUUAUGAUUUCAGCUUAUGCCAAUUCAAGAAACAUGGUCGAAGCUCGCAAGCUUUUCGACGAAACUCCAACUAAAAAUUCUAUCACUUGGUCUUCCUUGGUAUCUGGAUAUUGCAAAAAUGGGUGUGAAGUUGAAGGCUUGAGGCUGUUCAGCCAAAUGUGGAGUGAGGGACAGAAGCCAAGUCAAUACACAUUGGGCAGUGUUUUACGAGCAUGUUCGACUUUGGGUUUGCUCCAUAGUGGCAAAAUGAUUCAUGGCUAUGUAAUAAAAAUACAAUUAGAAGCAAAUAUCUUCGUUGCUACCGGUCUCGUCGACAUGUAUUCCAAGUGUAAGUGUCUCCUGGAGGCUGAAUACCUCUUUGUAUCAUUGUCUGAUAGGAAAAACUAUGUUCUAUCGACCGCUAUGCUCACCGGUUAUGCUCAAAAUGGUGAGAGUUUGAAGGCAAUGCAGUGUUUUAAGGAGAUGCGAAUACAGGGAAUGGAGUCUAACCAUUUCACAUUUCCCAGCAUAUUGACAGCAUGUACAGCAAUUUCAGCUUAUUCUUUUGGUCAGCAGGUACAUGGAUGUAUUAUUUUGAGUGGUUUUGGCGCUAAUGUUUAUGUUCAAAGUGCAUUAGUUGAUAUGUAUGCGAAAUGUGGUGACUUGAAUAGUGCGAGGAUGCUAUUAAAUAUCAUGGAAAUCGAUGAUGUUGUAUGCUGGAACUCGAUGAUUGUCGGGUGUGUGACACACGGACAUAUGGAGGAAGCUCUAGUUUUGUUUCAUAAGAUGCAUAAUCGGGAUAUUGUAAUCGAUGAUUUCACGUAUCCGUCUGUUUUGAAAUCUCUGGGUACUUGCAGGGACCUGAAAAAUGGAGAAUCUGUUCAUUCUCUGAUAAUGAAAACUGGUUUUGAUGCCUGCAAAACAGUGAGCAAUGCGCUUGUUGAUAUGUAUGCUAAACAGGGAAACUUGAAUUGUGCUUUAGAGGUUUUCAAUAAGAUAUCAGAUAAAGAUGUCAUAUCUUGGACCUCCUUGGUCACGGGAUAUGUUCAUAAUGGCUUCCAUGAAAAGGCGCUCAAGUUAUUCUGUGAUAUGAGAAUUGCAGGUGUUGAUCUAGACCAAUUUGUAAUUGCCUGUGUCUUUAGUGCUUGUGCUGAACUAACAAUUAUCGAGUUUGGUCGACAGGUUCAUGGAAACUUCAUCAAAUCAAGUGUUGGCUCACUGUUAUCUGCAGAGAACUCUCUCAUAACAAUGUAUGCCAAAUGUGGAUGCUUAGAAGAUGCAACUCGAGUCUUUGACUCGAUGGAAACUCGAAAUGUCAUAUCAUGGACUGCCAUAAUCGUUGGUUAUGCACAGAAUGGGAGAGGGAAGGACUCGCUUCAUUUUUACGACCGGAUGAUAAUCGAUGGCGUAAAGCCUGACCCUGUUACUUUCAUUGGUUUGUUGUUUGCUUGCAGCCAUGCAGGUCUUGUGGAAACUGGUCGAUCUUACUUCGAAUCAAUGGAAAAAGUUUAUGGAAUAAAGCCGGGUUCUGAUCAUUAUGCUUGCAUGAUUGACCUACUUGGACGUGCUGGAAAGCUUAAUGAGGCAGAAGAGUUAUUGAAUCGAAUGGACGUUGAGCCCGACGCAACCGUAUGGAAGUCGUUACUUUCGGCAUGUCGGGUUCAUGGGAACUUAGAACUUGGAGAAAGGGCGGGAAAAAACCUCAUUAAGUUGGAGCCUUUGAAUUCUCUGCCAUAUGUUUUAUUGUCCAAUAUGUUCUCUGUUGCUGGUAGAUGGGAAGAUGCAACACAUAUACGUAAUUCAAUGAAAAGAAUGGGUAUUAACAAGGAGCCUGGAUAUAGUUGGAUUGAAAUGAAGAGCCAAGUGCAUUCAUUUAUAUCAGAAGAUAGAAGUCACCCUAUGGCUGCUGAAAUAUAUUCUAAGAUUGAUGAAAUGAUGAUCUUAAUAAAGGAAGCUGGGUAUGUUCCAGAUAUGAACUUCGCGUUACGUGACAUGGACGAAGAGGCUAAGGAACGUAGUUUAACAUAUCAUAGCGAAAAGUUGGCCGUUGCGUUUGGACUUCUCGCAGUCCCGAACAGAGCACCGAUUCGAAUUUUCAAAAAUCUUAGGGUAUGUGGGGACUGUCACUCCGCCAUGAAAUAUAUAUCUAGUGUUUUUAAGCGGCAUGUUAUUUUGAGAGACUUGAAUUGUUUCCAUCACUUCAAAGAGGGAAAAUGUUCUUGUGGAGACUUCUGGUAAGGGAGGUGUAUCGGAAGCCAGCUAAAACACCGUAGCGUCCCCCAAAGAUGUAACUGACAGGUUCUGUUCUAUCUGCCCAUCCGAGUGAUCCCGUGUCUUUGUUGACCUACCUUGGAGAAUGAAACUACUAUUUCUUGAUGAUACCUGAGUUUUCCUAUUAGCACAACUCAAGCAAGCUAAGAAUGGUGGUAGUCAUUUCCUGAACCUGAUAAGAAGUAACUCCUAAAUCCUUCACUUUGAAGCUUAAUCCUACCAUCUCUUUGUCCAACUACUCCGUUCAGGCGAAACUGCGGUGGUCGUUCAGACAGGAUUCUUCACUAGGCUUGGCUGGCUCCUCCAGGAGAAGUCAAAAAGUGAUGUCGUGAGUAUCUUCUUAGGCUUCUCGAACGCUUGAGACAACCUUGCUAUUAUCGACGAGCUUCUUCUGUACCCGAACCUUGUGGAAAUUGAUAAGAGUUCUCAACGAACUCAAAGAGGCAUUGUUGAUGUGUGAUUUCGGGUUACGGAUCACUAUUAAGGUCGUGAUGAGCUUCCAUGAUGACAUAUUGGCAGGGAAGCUUUAAUCGGGUCGUGAGAUAAAGGAGAUGUGAUCUCUACAUCGGUUAAGGAGGAGAACCAAACAUUUUAUAUAAGGGUGUAGAAACCUCCUAUUCCUAGCAGCCCCAUUUAAAAAUUGUGAAUCUGACGACAAUACGGUCAAAGCGAACAAUAUCGGCUAUUAGUGGGCUUAGGCUGUUACAAAUGGUAUAAGAGUUAGAUAUUGGGUGAUGUGCCCACAAGGAGGUUAAACUUUGAAGGGGGUGGAUUGGGUGUCCACAUCGAUUGGAGAAGGGAAUGAGUGUCAGCUACAACACUAGACCCUGAAGGGAGUGGAUUGUGAGAUCCCACAAAGCAUUCUUUAUGAGGGUGUGAAACUUAUCCCUAGUAGAUAGCGUUUUAAAAACUUUGAAAAGUUCAUUUGUCAUCUGAUUUGUGCUAUUUAGAAUUGUCAUUUUGAACUCUAUAAAUCGAAGAUUUGCUAUCGUCACAAUAUAUGGUUUGAUAUGAGUUUGAUGAUGAAUUACCUAAU